AUGGAUUCCUCCUCUUUUCCAAUAGAUUUUGUAGUGACAACAACCUGCAUUUUGCUUCUCUUUUACUUCCUAAGACAGCUUAAGGCCUUUAAACAUAGAUCUCACAAACUAAUUAACACACCCCCGGAAGCCGGCGGUGCAUGGCCUAUAAUAGGUCAUCUCCACAAGCUUCAUGGCCCUAAGCUUCCCCACAUAGUAUUGUCAGAAAUGGCCGAUAAAUAUGGCCCAAUUUAUACGAUUAGGCUCGGUUUGCACGAAUACAUUGUGGUUAGCAAUUGUGAGUUGAUCAAAGACUUGUUCACCACUCAUGACAAGGCAGUCUCGUCACGUCCCAAAAUGAUAGCCGCCCAACACUUGGGCUAUGACAAUGCCAUGUUUGCUUUUGCUCCCUACGGAACAUUUUGGCGCGCGAUGAGGAAGAUUGUAUCGUUGGAGUUGCUUUGUAGCCGACGUCUAGAACUGCUCAAGCAUGUGCACGUCUAUGAAACGAAAACCUCCAUCCAAGAGCUCCAUAAGCUGUGGAGGGAAAGAAACAUUAGUCACGAGUUAGACAAGGUCAAGGUGAAUAUGAGUCAAUGCUUCUCGAAUUUGACCCUAAACGUGACCCUUCAAAUGAUCGCUGGUAAAAGGUAUAUCGGCACUAUGAUGGAGGGGCGAGAAAAAGACGAGGAAAAAAGAUGCCAAAGAAUAUUUAGGGAGUUUUUUUGUCUCACUGGGAUAAAUAUGGUGAGUGACGCGAUACCAUGGUUUCGGUGGUUAGAUUUGGGCGGUUAUGAGAAGGCCAUGAAAAAGACCGGUAAAGAAAUGGAUGAUCUGGUCGAGGAGUGGCUACAAGAACAUCUUCAUCGAAGGAGCUGUGGUGAAAGUAAGGAGGAUAAGAACAGUGAUCAAGACUUCAUGGAUGUUAUGAUAUCGACACUAGAGAAUGAGAAUGGAGAUAUGGGUGGUUUUGAUGCUAAUACUAUCAACAAAGCCACAUGCCUGAACAUGAUAAUUGGAGGUACCGACACAACAUCAACUAUAUUGACAUGGACUCUUAGCUUACUCAUGAACAACCCUCACAAGUUGCGCAAGGCAAAGGAAGAGAUAGAUGUUGAAGUUGGGAUGAAAAGGCAAGUGGAAGAGUCGGAUAUUCCCAAGCUAGUUUACCUCCAAGCCACAAUCAAAGAGACACUAAGACUAUAUUCCCCCGGUCCUCUUGGAGGUAUAAGAGAACUUUCACAAGACUUAAAAAUAGGAGGCUAUCAUGUCCCAAAAGGAACAAGGCUCAUUACGCACAUAUGGAAGCUCCAACGAGACCCCAAAGUGUGGUCGGAUCCUUCAGAGUUUCGACCGGAGAGGUUUCUCACCACCCAAAAGGAAAUUGAUGUUCGCGGACAACAUUUUGAAUUGAUUCCCUUUGGUGUGGGUAGGAGAAUAUGCCCGGGAAUAAAUUUAGGAAUGCAAAUUAUUCAUUUCGUGAUUGCUACUUUUCUACAAGGCUUUGAGAUUUCGACUCUCAACAAUGAACCUGUCGAUAUGUCUGAGAUUUCGGGAUUAUCAAACACAAAAGCCCUUCCGCUUGAGCUGCUCAUUACACCUCGACUACCCCCAAAUCUUUAUGAAUAA